CUGCGCGGCGCCGGCUCCGCCCCCGUCGGGUGUUUGUGGUGGGGCUGCGGAGUCGCCGAUCCCGCCGGAAGCGCCAGGACAAUGGGGACCCGGGACGACGAGUACGACUACCUAUUCAAAGUGGUGCUCAUCGGGGACUCGGGCGUGGGCAAGAGCAACCUGCUGUCGCGUUUCACCCGCAACGAGUUCAACCUGGAGAGCAAGAGCACCAUCGGCGUGGAAUUCGCCACGCGCAGCAUCCAGGUGGACGGCAAGACCAUCAAGGCGCAGAUCUGGGACACGGCGGGCCAGGAGCGCUACCGCGCCAUCACCUCCGCGUACUACCGCGGCGCGGUGGGCGCCCUGCUGGUCUAUGACAUUGCCAAGCACCUGACCUACGAGAACGUGGAACGCUGGCUCAAGGAGCUGCGGGACCACGCCGACAGCAACAUCGUCAUCAUGCUGGUGGGCAACAAGAGCGACCUGCGCCACCUGAGGGCCGUGCCCACCGACGAGGCCCGCGCCUUCGCAGAGAAGAACAAUCUGUCCUUCAUUGAGACCUCGGCCUUGGAUUCCACCAACGUGGAGGAAGCCUUCAAGAACAUUCUAACAGAGAUCUACCGCAUCGUGUCGCAGAAGCAGAUCGCAGACCGCGCUGCCCACGACGAGUCCCCUGGCAACAACGUGGUGGACAUCAGCGUGCCGCCCACCACCGAUGGACAGAAGCCCACCAAGCUGCAGUGUUGCCAGAGCCUGUGACCGGUCCUCCCCUGCGUCCCCGCGUGCGUGCACGGCCUCGUCCUGUCCUCAGCCCGGCCCCCUCCCCGGCCCUGCCCAAGCGAGCUCCUGCCCGGCCCCUCGCCUGUGGAUGGAUGAUGGAGGAGGGGGGGGGCAAAAGGAACAGCAGCCGCCCCCCCUCGGGUCCCGCCGCCACCCGGGGAAAGCCACAGCAGCAGCAGCAGCAGCAGCAGCAGCAGCCCUGGCUUGCAGUACCUGCUCUUCCCUGGUGGACCCCACCCCACCCCCUGCCGUGGGCAUCUCAGUAGGCUAAGAAGGACAGGGCUGGCCAGCGGUCAGGAAGACGGGCACACGAAGCUGGAUGCUCUCCUUCUCCGUGGCACACUCCAUGGGCGAUGGUGCCCUCCGUGUGUGUGUGUGUGUGUGUAUGUGUGUGUGUGUGUGUGUGUGUGUGUGUCUCUCUCUCUCCUCCACCAGACCCAGCAGGUGCCCGGGCCCACGCAGGGCCGGCCAGGUGAGGUGCUGGUCCCUGGCCUCCCCCCACCCGAGCAGCCGGCACCUGUGGGCUGGAGCUGGGAGAAGCUCCCUCCCCGCUCCCUGUCUCGCCCCCUCCUGCACGCCGCGCGCCCCCCUUCCCCCUCCCCCCGUCCUCGCCCUCCCCCACCCCCAUCUGUCUCGUCUCCCUGUCCGGUCAGGAACCUGUCUGUGAGUGAAGCAAUAUCUCCGUGUUUUGUAUAUACAGCCGCUCUUGUAGCCUCUGUUUUUCUUUGUUAUUGUAGAGAAACACAGAUUCUUUAUACAGUUUGUAAGAUUUACGCCAACCCCAGCUCUUGAACUCUUGAUUCUCUCUGUGCCCUUCCGGCCUCCCCCCACCCCCACCCCCCACCGCACUGUUGCCCCUUACUAAA